AUGGUGCCAGGUUGGGCAGCCGUAUACCUAUGCGCGAGGGCCUCCACAAGUCACGCUUGGUCCACGGCUGGCUUCCUCUUCUGCACCUGGGCUCUCGGACUCAACGAUGUAGUUGACGCUGCCGGCAAUUUCAACUCAUCCGCCAUGAACACAGCCCGGGUGGUCGUAAGCCAGGCUCUUUACUUCGUUCAGCAGACUUGGCUUGUCGCCCUUUCAGCUCAUCGACUACACUCGCUACAGAGAUCUGCAGGGCACCAGUUCUUCCCAAACUUGAUGGCGAGGGCGUAUUGCGCAGCGGCGGGAUAUGUCCUUGUCCCGAUUGUUUUUUUCAUCUCUCGCCUCAAGGAAUUGUGGCUCCCGCAUUUUGUUUUUUUUGCUCCACAUGUGCCGGCAUUUUGCCUUCGGCACUUUGCCGUUGGUGUGGAAACCUGUGUGGAAACCUUCCUUAUUGGUGUGGACGUCUUCUUUGUGUUUCGUUUCUGUCUCUUUUCCUCGUUGUUUGGGAUGAUUGUCGUGAUGGGCCUUGUCGGGAUCUCAUUUGGCCUCGGCGUCCUGCUUGCCUAUUGUCGGAUCUUGGGACACUUCACUGCAGCAAGACGAGUGGCUGAGAGGUCAACCUGCGGACGGAAGGUCAGUGGCCUCCACGCUUUGCAGAGGGGCGAGUGUGCACUUCGCAAGGAAAUCUUUGGCUUCGCCCUGUGCUUCUUGACCACCCUCAUUCUAGAACCUGUUUUCUUCGUGUUCCAGACAGAAUCCCUGGCUGUUCUUCUCAUCAAUUGUGGGAAGUUCCUGGGCUACACAAUGGGUGCUUGGUUCCUGUCCAACUCUUAUCGUCUCUCCAAGCGCUCUGGCCUCCCUCCCUUGCCUCGUCGCUGCGGGACGCGUAAAUCUCCUCCACGACAGCGUCGCACAACGGAUGCAGCCUGGCAUGCGAAGGUCGCAGAAUUGUCGACGCGCGGCAUCACAGCAAGGGAGUUGCUGGAGUUCUACCAGCAGCUGGGCAGUGGCACCAUGCCACACUACAGUGCAGGCAUGCACACCACCGGCGAUGUGGUGCGACAAGCCAUCAUCCCGAGUACCAGGUCCGGGCGUUGCUCCUAUGCCGAGGUGACAGGCAGAGAGCCCCUGAGACCGGCCAAAAUGGUCACACACUCCUGGCGGAGCCUCUUCCGAGACCUGGUGGCUGCGGUCAUCGCAGAUGCUGUGCGGGAGACGAGUUUCGAACUCAUAUCGCAGCUGUUGGAAAAUGAGGUGUCUGUGCUGGAGACUUUGCUGGAGCAGCAAGGAACAGGUGACCAAGUCUACUGGAUUUGUGCAUUUUCUGUGAACCAGCACUUGAGCAUCUGCGAAAACUUCUCUUGUGAUAAGGAUUCUGUCACAGGUUAUCUGCACGCAGGCUGCGACUGUGGAUUGCCCAAAAUCCUGAACACUACGCCACCACUUUCCACUGAGGGCCAAAGCAUCGGUUGUGAGAUGAACAAGUUUGAUGAUAUGAUGGCACUACUGGCAGAGGAGGUCCCCGAGUUCUCUCAGGUGGUGGCCGUUGACGCUCAAUUUCGCCUGUUUGGCAGGGCUUGGUGUGUUGCAGAACUUGUGCAAGCCCACGAGUCAAGCUUAAAGCAGUUCGUCAAGAUGCAUUCCAGGCAAGUUCUGGAGAAGUCGCAAAGCGAGUUGCAGGAGCUUCGAGUGGAGGACAUGCAGGCGUCGCGUGCGGAAGACGUGCAGCUCAUCUUGGAGAAGAUCUCAGACAAGAGCAAGUUCAAUCAGAAACUGCAGACGCUCAUCUUUGACGAAGCAGGCCUUCUGUCUAGCUGGCGUCAGUUGGACACGGCCGGACGCAUGGAAGAAGUCGGCACUUUACUAAAAUGGAGUCUGGCAGACGAUGGAAAAGAUAUCGUUUGGCAGUAUUGGCCAGAAGUGGAGUCUGGAAAAUAA